AUGGCCUCUCUCGUCGAUACUUUGACUGCCUCUCGAGGCGCGGAAUCCGCAGGUUUUCUCAACGACAUCAUUGCGCAUCUAUGGCCCAACAUCAACAUCGCUGGAGGUAGAAUGCUCAAGCAGGUUGUUGAGCCCAUGCUAGACUCAAUGCUGCCUGGCCCUCUCUCAACACUACGCUUUACCAAGCUAGAUUUUGGAACCACCCCGAUCAAGCUCUCAAAUGUAGAGGUUCACAAGACCACACUUGAGGGCAUCAAGCUUGACAUGGACUUGGAAUGGGAUGGCCUGUGUGAUAUCGAGCUCGAGGGCAAAAUGGUGCCCAAAGUUGGCAUCGAACACGUGAAGUUACGAGGAAGGAUGGCAGUGUUGCUUUGUCCCUUGACGGACAUUAUCCCUUUGAUCGGAGCCGUGCAGUUCGCGUUCAUCAACCCGCCAACUCUUGAACUAGACUUUACCGAUGCCGCCAACAUUGCUGAUUUUGCCCUAAUCAACAAAGUCGUCCGCAAAUCCAUUCUGAGCAUCAUUGGUUCCAUGACCGUCCUGCCCAACCGGUACCUCGUCAAACUCGAUCCUUCCAAUGACUACUUCAAGACUUUUCAACACCAUCAUGGCGUCAUUCGCCUUACCGUUGUGAAAGCUAUCGGCAUCACUGGCCAGAAGAAAGGCAAGGUCAAGCGAUUUCUGGACAAGAUCGUCAAGGACGUUCCUGAUUGUUAUUGUCAAGUCAAUCUCGGUGCCGAGGCGGAGUGGCGCACUUCGACGCAGAAGGACUCGUAUGAGCCGGAGUGGAACGAGACGCACGACUUUCUCGUUACAGACUACGAUCAGAUCAUCACUCUUGAUCUAAAUGACGCAGACCUUGGCAGUGAUGAUGAUAUUGGCAUUGCUACUACGACUGUGAAGCAGUUGCUUGUAGCUGGUGGCACACAGGAGCUCAACCUCGUCCACAAUGGCGAGCCCACCGAGAGCAAUUUGAUAGUGCAUGCCAAGUUUUACAACUUCACCGAGGACUCUGGCACUCUUUCGGCCCUCAAGGGUCAAGCCGAGGGAGAGAUCUGCGGGCUUGCGACCGUGCUCAUUGCUGGUGCUACCGGACUGACUGGCCAGAGAGAUGAGCUCAAGCCCAGUGUCAAGGUAUCAUGGGGUGAUGAGGAGUUCGCUACACCUAUCAAGACUUACACUCCGGGAACGGACAUUUUCAGCCCAUCUUUUGAUACCGCCUUCCGGCUCCCCAUCAGAGCCGAUAAAAUUGCUGAUAGUCCCCCAGACUUUCGGCUGUCGCUCUUGAACGGGACAGAGGUUUCGGGAAGCUACACGGUUCCGUUUUCAAGUGUUUUAGGCGCUCCCACUAUGGAUCUUGAGGAUCAGUUUGAUGUAGGAUCUGGGGCGACAGUAAGGGCCCGGAUUUCACUUCGUGGGCUGAAGCUCGCUGACUGA